AUGGCGAACCCCAAGACGGCGUGCAGCGACGACAACAUUCUCGCCGUCCUCUCUUUGGCCAAUCAUCGGCUGCUCGACGAUGUCAACCCACUGCAAGGUCCACCCUCGACCGUCGCGCAAGGCCCAUUCAAGUCUAUGCGCCUCCUCAAUUUGUAUGGGGGGCCGAUUGACUUCGACGAGGCUCACGAUGCUGGUGUGGCCAAGAUGACCGAGGUCCGAGGCGGUCUACAUGCUCUGAGACUCCCUGGAAUCGCCGAGAUGAUGAGCUAG